AUGCCAUUGAUUGCCCAAAAGGCACAAGAUCGUGAAAUUGCUCCCCUGCCCUAUUUCUUAUCGCCUGAAGAUGGUCGAGAAUUGUGGAGCAAACCACCUUUGGGAUCCCUAAAAAUCAAUGUUGAUGCAGCAAGUUUCAAUGAGGCUUCUAAGCAUAGUUUCGCUGGUAUUGCUAGGGACCACAAUGGUACCUUUAUAGAGGCUUUUUCUGUGUGUCGAGCUGGAACCGUUUCUCCGGAGUUGGGUGAGGUGUUGGGGGUUCACGAGGCUUUGAGUUGGAUAAAGAGAAGGCGUUGGGUGGAUGCUGUCAUUGAAACCGACAGCAUUCUGGUAGUUCAAGCAUUGCGGAGCAACAUUUCCAUGGACUCAUAUUUUGGAUGUGUUAUAGAUGAUUGUAAAGUCCUGUGGAAGGACCUGAAUUCUGUUUCAAUUGUUUUUGUAAAACGUUCUGCUAAUGGGGCAGCCCAUGCUUUGGCAAAGGCUUCUUCCUUUGUGGCUGAACGGGUAUUGGUUAAGGAGAAUAUCUCCCCUAAUGUGUUGGAUGUAAUGUUACAAGAUUGUUGCUAA